CCAGAAACUAAGCGUCCACAUCUCAGGGGCGGUACUCACGAUACAACGGACGGUCCAGUUGCUUCUACAUUGAAGCAUCAAUGGAUGACCAGUGUCCGGUACGCCUCGGUGCCAGUCGCCCAGACCUUCGGUCGAAGAUUGCUCUCCACGACAACCUGUUUCGCUCUCAGACACUAUCCUACUACCAAUCUCGUACAAGGAGAGAUAGUUCGUCGACAUGGCAUCUGCCAUAGUCGAAAUGCAGGCUUCCAUCAAUCCCUGACGUCCCAAAACCCGAGCAGAGGUGAACCUCUAAACGCAUCUCCAAGAGUGUCAAAGCAGACUCCCGCUACACCCACUUCAACGAUCAGUCUGUCGGACGAGUCUUUUCAAGCAUGGCCGGAAAUGCAGGAGAUGAAGAACCAGCCCAAUGCCGAAGACGACCUUCGAAGUGAUGAAAGAGAGGCGUAUACUGCUACAGAGGUGGAUUUGGACACUGAGAAUGGGGGACUGCACAAACAGAAUUCCCUUCGAAAGCGGCUCGAUAGUCUCAUCUCGAUCUUCAUGCCCUCGCGCGCCCGACAAAAGAUGGAUCUUUCAUACAGAAAUCCGAUUGAAUGGGAACAGAACCUCAGCAAGCUCGAAACUCCGGCGACGCUGGAAUUCAGGUCGUCGACUCCUCUUCGAAAAUUGCUCCUCGAAUAUCUCCUCCACGUAGAGCCAUGUCUCAGUGGUGAUCUUUCUCAAAUCUCAUCCGAUGACGACCGCCGUCUGACAGACGCUUUGGAAAUCGUUUUCUCGGAGGAAAAUAUAGCGAUACUGGACAAGAUCGGUUAUAGUGUGACCGACGUGGUGUCUUGGGCUUGGAUCUUCACAUCUGGCAGCGUAGAAGGUGCUGUUCAGAAGUAUGUUGUGCUGACAGCGACACAACGCUCGGCCAAUAGUGGACGGGUACCCAAAUUCAUCUUGUUGCAGAUCCUACGCGCCCCACAAGUCAAUGCAUUCGCCCUCAAACGACUGAUUGACAGCAUUUUGGCUGAACUUCAACUCUGCAAAAAAGCAAGCCAAUAUCCUGGAUGGGGUUGGACUACGAGAGUAUGCCUCGUGGUUCGACUACUCAGGCACGCUCGCCAAGUUGCACCUGAGAGCUUCAAAGAUGUUAGUACGAUCAUUGAACAUCUUUUCUCGGAUUUCUACAAAGCCGAUGGCCGCUCGGUGGAAGCAGCAGAAUUGAAACGCCUUUCCCAUGUCUUCAACCGGUUUUUGACAUUAGUAUCUGUUCCAACUUCUAGAACAUUCAAUUCGUAUCUCGUGAAACAAAAUACGCAACUAUCUCUUGUCCGGCUCAUGGUUGGCUUCAAACCUCAGAUACCUCUCACCAGAGAAGGCUACCGAGCACUCAUUACAGUUCAACUACAACACCCAAAGACCGAACAAGAGCGGGCUUGGGCCGAAACCAAGUCGUUAUCUUGGCCUCCGUGGCGACGGAUCAACUCUGGUAUUGAACAGGACCUCAGCUAUCCAGGGAAGGAAAGCCGAGCCAUGAAGUUGCUCAGACGGAUGAAUCAAGCAGGGUAUACCCACGGUGCGUGGGAGAGGAGUGCUGCUAUCCUCGCAGGAUGGGACACGGACAAAAGCCCAACGAUUCAGACUAGGGCAAAUUUGAGACUGCCUCGCCAGGCCUGGAAGAUAAAGAAGCAAACGGUCGACUUUCUCGACAGCUCAUCUCAUGAAGCCGCUGAAACUUGGGCAGCACGAAUUCAAGCUACGAGAACUAAAAGAGAGGCUUGGGCAUGCUUCCGUUCCUAUGAGCGAAAUACUGAGAUGUCUAGAAGACGAUACCAACCCUAUUUCGCCAUGUGUCACAAAUUGCUGGCCUCAACUGCUACCCUUGAUUCAGUACUUGGCUCGCGGCACAUUGCAGGAGAUCUAAAAGAGGUAUUCGAAGAGCCUGUCAGCCCUCGGGAAAUAACUUACGUGGACCGUGAAGUGCCUUCGCUGAGUGAAUUUUACGAUGAUAUGUUACGAGUCGGCAUUGUUCCAGGAGGAAGACUACUCGGUGAAUUGUUGGACUUGGCUCCCAGUAUUGAAGCUGGAUUUGCCUAUAUCCAGGAUAGUCGAUGGGACGAAGUGACCAAGGAUGUUUUACGACAUGCUGAGAAUUAUCCACCAACCAUCAUACGUGAUACUCUUAGCCGGGUUCCGCAUCUGUGCCUCGCAGCUUUUGUAUAUUUGCUGUCGAGACACGGAUUUGAAAACGUGCCAGAUUUCGCGGUCAUGAGUGAAAAGCACGACAAACAUACCGGCCAGUGGAUGGAAGAAAAGAGAUAUGUCAAACCUCUGACCUAUGCAAUUGUGAUGCUGCGGGUCGGAGAAUGCAAAAAUACUCUUGUCUGGAACGCAUUUCUCAGAGGGACAUGGGCAUCUAUUCGCAACAUCAACGACAAGGUCCGGGAGGGGUCAUUGACUCCCCUUGACAAGCGCCACAUGAACCACCAGAUUUGGGAUCAUCUACAGGAACAGUUCGAAUCAGAACAGACAGAGCUUAACAUACACCCUGACCUUGAAACCUUUCGUCUCAUGGCGGGUAUUCUGACAUUUAUGGUCAAGGAAGCAAAUCAUGGGCGACUGCGUAUUCACAGCAGAGAACUUAGGUCGCUUGCAAAGGUGACAUUCGUGCGGGCUGUCUAUGGCCGAAUCUUUCCAGAUUUUCUACCCUCACGUUCAGUGUCAGUUUUGAGAAUUCCAGACCCCAGCGAUUUGCAGUUAAUGGUCAGAAUACUUGUUUCUGUUGGAGACGUCGAGGGUCUCGUCGCCAUGGUGGAAUGGAUCAAUUCCCAUGGAGAGGACGAUACUAUCACGCGAGACAAAUCAACGGUGUCUAUUCGAUCUGUUCUCUGUACAAUACGGCUGUUCCUCGAAGGGAGCCCUACCCCUGCAUAUCUCGAGCAGCUUCAUCAUUUCGAAUCUCCUCUGACUGUGCCUGCGGAUAUGAUUGAGAGAGCCAAGGAUGCAUGCGGACCUCUAAAGUGGCCAUCUGAUGAAGAAAUCGAGAUAUUUCUCUCACACGAAUCUGAAUGGAUGAAGCGUGUUGCAAGGACUGUGAGAAGGCCAAGGAAUGAACAAUUCGUGAAUGUCAAUGUAUCACACGAGUCUAACCGACAAGUGGAAGACCAGACUUGGGACGAUGUACAGGAAGGAGAUGUACGAGUUGAGGACGUCGAAAAUAGCCCUGUCCCAAUCCGAAAGCAUCUAUCUUAGUCUACAGAGUAUAGAGUAAUGACUAUGGCAAUAUCCAC